AUGGCAAAGGCCAGUAUCUCUAUUCCCAUCAUUUGCUUCAAUCAAAUUCAGAAGAGAAUGAAAGAAAGACAAGAAGAACUGAAGAAGAAAGUAUCACAGGUUGCUAAGCAAUGUAAGGAAAAACAAAUUUCACUUACAGAGAGAGUGAAUGUAGCUUAUGGAGAAUUAUCAGAACAAAACCAGGGUUCUGGAAUGCAAGAACAAAAUGACUUAGAGGCAAACCUGAUGCAUAAAUUUGCAGAGAAGCAGUUGGUCAAUGAAGUAAGGAUUUGUGGCAGGCAAGAUAUUCAAGAUACUGCAAAAAUGUUGAGAAUUGAUUCAUAUCAAGGUGAUUCAUAUCAAGGAAAUCUUGAUGAAGCAGUAGAAGACUUAGUGAUGAUUACAGGAAGUGAAGGUCAUGAAAUGACAAACAAUGCUGCACAAGUAGUACAUGAGGAUAAUGUGUCAGAUGAUGAAUCAAUAGUAGCUAAAAAUCAAGAGUAUAUAUUCCCAAGCCCAGAAGAAGUCGAAAAAUCUGCUGAACCUUCUGUUGGAAUGGUGUUUGAGAGCCUGACAGAAGCUCAAAGGUAUCUCAAUGUCCAUGGGCUCCUAAAUGGAUAUGCAAUCAGAAAGGGUACAAACUACUUGAAGAAGACAUACCAACUAGAAUGCAACAGAAGUGGAAAGCCAAAAGUUAUGGAGAAUGCACAAAGGAUAAGAAGAAGGAAUUACAUCCUGAAAACAGGUUGCAAGAUGAAGGUUAUAGUUAAACUGAUAAAUGGAAAAUGGAUUUUCACAAAAGUCGACAGUGAGCAUAAUCACAAUGUAGUGUCUUCUCCUUCCCUGACUAAGUUUUUCUUGAACCACAAAAGGAUGACAGAGGAUGAGAAAGCAUUCUCCAAGAUUUUGCAAGACGCAAGAAUUAAGCCUAUAAAAAUCAUGUCAAUAUUCAGAGAAUUGAAGGAGAGUUUCAAAAAUGUAUUCUUCAAUGCAAAGAACUUGGACAAUCUGAAGCAAAAGGAGCGCAUCAAAACAAGAAAUUCAGACAUUGAAACAACAGUAAAUUAUUUAAAGAAAGUACAGAAUGAAAACCCAAGUUUUUACUAUACUAUGAGAAUGGAUGAAGAAAACAUAGUGAGAAGCAUAUUUUGGACAGAUGCUAGAGGAAGAAUGGAUUAUGACUUGUAUGGAGAUUUCAUAUCGUUUGAUACAACUUUCAAUACAAACAUGUAUAACAUGCCUUUUGCACCAAUAGUGGGGAUAAAUGGACAUGGGAAGAAUGUGAUAUUUGGAUGUGCUCUAAUUGAAGAUCAAACUACUGAAACUUUUGAAUGGGUGUUUAGAACUUUUGUUGAGACUAUGAGUGGCAAGAAACCCAAGAUAAUAAUGACAGACCAAGAUGCAGCAAUGAAAAAAGCAAUUGCAAAUUAUAUGCCAGAUGUCAUUCAUAGGCUUUGCAUCUGGCACAUAAUGAAAAAUCUGCAUGAGAAAUGUGGAUGCUUCAUGAGCCAAAAGCACAGAGAAGGGAUGGAGAAAAGGCUAAAUGAACUAGUUUAUGAUUCACUCCAUGUAGCAGAAUUUGAAUCUGGAUGGCAAACAAUGCUACAAGAUUAUGAUGCAGAAAAAAAUGAGCACCUACAACUUAUGUACAGAUUGAGAAAGUUGUGGGUUCCAGUAUACUUCAAAGAUACAAUGUGUCCAUUCAUCCAUUCUACUUCAAGGAGUGAGAGCACAAACUCAUAUUUCAAGGAUUAUGUAAUUCCUAAAGAUACGAUAGAGAAUUUCAUGAGGCAGUUCGAAAUAAUACAAGAAGCAAGCAUUGUCAAGGAGGAUGAAAACAUGUUUACAAGUUUAGUAAAAGAACCAACAUAUUGCACACAUCAGUGCAUUGAAAGACAUGCAACAAAACUUUAUAAUAGAGACAUUUUUGUGAAAUUUCAAGAAGAACUGUUCAAUUCAAGCGCAUUCUCAGUGAAUGAGAUCAUAAAGGAUCACAAGUACACAAUUGUAAAGAAUUGUUUCUAUAAGAAUGCCGAGUUCUGGAAGGACAAGUUCAUCAUAGAAGUUGAUAGAAUAAAGCAAGAGUUCAAAUGUGAAUGUUGUAAGUUACAUAGGGAUGGUCUGAGCAAGGAAUUUCUUGAAGGGUUAGAAAGAUUUCAUGAGAAGAUGUUGAAAGAAAAAGAAGGUACACAUCAAGAAGUUGAAAAGCAGAAUGCUUUGAAGGAUCCACUGAUUGGUGAAGGCAAAUCAGUGCCGAAAGGAAAACGCAUGAAACAUCCUAUAGAACCAACUGUGGAGGAGAAGAAAAAAAAGGCAAAGGAAAAGGAACAAGGAAAGUAG